AAAGCUAUCAUAGACAAGGAACCAACGGUACUCAUUGACAAGAUCAGAUUAGAAACAAGCAAAGAUGAAACACUCCAGAAAGUAAGAGACAUCAUCACGAAAGGAAAUUGGGAAAAGCACAAGAAAGAACCUGAUAUCACACCAUAUUACUCAGUGAAGGAGGAACUGUUCAUAGCAGAGGAUCUAGUGUUCCGAAACGACAGGAUAGUCCUACCAGCCAAGUUACAGACCAAGGUUAUCGCAAUCGCGCACGAAUUAGGACACUUGGGAUCGACCAAGACCAAGCAAAUGGUAAGAGCCAAAUACUGGUUCCCAUACAUGAACGCGAUGAUAGAGCACACUGUAGGACAGUGCUAUGAAUGCAAAAUCACAACGAGACAAGCAAAAGAAGAACCAAUAAAACCAUCAGUGAUUCCAGAGAAACCAUGGGAAACAGUAGCCACAGACUUUGGAGGACCAUACCCGGAUGGUCACUACAAUCUUGUGGUGGUGGACAAACGAACCAGAUACCCAGAGGUGGAAACGACAUACUCAACAGGAUUCAAGCCCACCAAAGAGAAACUAAAGAAGAUGUUUGGACAUCACGGAAUACCAAAGAGACUGGAAUCAGACAAUGGACCCCCAUUUAACUCGAAAGAAUUUGCUGACUUUGCAGAGGAAGAAGGCUUUGAACACCAUCGUGUCACACCAUUACACCCGAGAGCAAAUGGCGAAGCAGAAAGAUUUAUGCAACUAUUAAACAAGACAGAGCAAAUUGCCCACAUCCAAUGCAAAGACAAAGCAGGAAGAAACAUUGCUAUACAAGAAAUGUUGAUGGCCUACAGGGACACACCACAUCCAGCAACCGGCGUGUCACCAUACCAAGCUAUGACAAACAGACUAAUCCGCACCAAACUAGAUUACACUCCACCAAYCAAGGAGAAGCCAAGUCAGCCAGACAAGAUCAUCAACGAAAGAGAUAAACGAUACAAAGCUAAGAUGRACAAGAGGAAAAGUAUCAAGGAACAUUCAUUMAUCAAAGGUGACUACGUGCUAGUGAAGCAAAGAAAGGUCAACAAAUGGUCAACACCAUAUGAUCCAWCGUUCUAUAUUGUAACCCAAAUUGAGGGAUCGACAGUGACAGCCAGACGCAUACAUGAUGGACGAACACUAACACGAGAUGCAAGCCA